AGAAUGUCUAACAAAGCGACGAUAGCAUUUAUGGUUGUGUAUGGGAUCAUAAUGCAUUGCAGUGUCUACUGUUCACCGACUGGAGUGAAGUACCCAGGAUUUAGGGUUGAAGAUGAGGCGUAUGAUGAGGAGGGAAACUCACUCCCGGAUCUGACUUACGAAACUGAUCGAAAUGGCAUCCGAAUUCCUUCAUCGGCGAUUGAUGAUGUGAACACGUUAUAUUAUCUGCCGGAGAAAAGAACAGAAAGACAUGCUGAUGGGCUAUUUAAUAAACGCCUAAGGGCAUUGUUGGCGCAGCAAAUAACAAGAGCAUUCGUUCACUCCCUCAUCCCUUCAAAACGCGAUGGCGGCAGCAGUGUUGAGAAGGAUACAGAACCCCUGUCAAAGCGACAUUCCGAUGGCAUCUUUACCGACAGCUACAGCCGUUACAGGAAACAGAUGGCUGUCAAGAAAUACCUGGCAGCCGUCCUGGGGAAAAGGUAUAAACAAAGAGUUAAAAAUAAAGGACGCCGAGUAUUCUAUUUGUAG